UCCCUUUUGCAGGUCCAAAUUGAUGAUAGCCCAGAAGUAAAAUACAACCAGGUAAGCUUAUAUACCCUGUUAAUGAGGCUGCAAGCAAAGGGUUUUAGAAGCCAAACAAUAAUUUUGCCCAUGCUAGAACACUUUUUGCACAUUUCCUUGCUGUCACUGCACAACAAUGACAUGAAAUUUCCUUAUGCCAUGAUGUUAUGGUAGAGGACAUGAUGCAUUUUUCCUUCUUCCUCUAAACUUGAGUGUGGUAUCCAAGAAUUCUACUCCAGGGAAAUUCAUGCACACCUUCAUUUUUGAAAUUUUAAGCAAUUUUAAAAUGCAACAUAGUCUGAAAAUAAAACAGAAACUUGAUUCUUUUUAUAAGUGGCCUUGUUUUCACUGUUAAUGCUGCAAGACAACAAUGCUAACGUUCUCUUAAGUGAACAUGCUGUGAGAUGGGCAGGGUGCUUACCAUUUGACAGAAAAAUCUCACCAGGGUUUCCAAAGCAUACCAGUAAGCAAUUUAUCAGUUUACUGCAGAAUUCUCACUCUCGUUACAGUUUCUAGUCACUUAAUGACUAAUGAAGAUCGAGGCUGUCAGCAUGUAGCCAUUAAGUCCAGAAUUAAGCUGAAAAAUUUAGUCCUGAACAGUAAGGGCCAAAUAUUUAAACAUUGUUUAGCAAAUGUUUAACAAAACCGUGUUCUGUGUCAUUUUCAAUUUGCCCAAUCAUUUUAUCUAAACAUCAUUUAUUGUGAACAGUUCUAUAAAAGCAUAUAGAGAAGACUAGAAAAGCAUUUAUUGUCUUAAAACAACCCACCAAAGAAGAGAUCUGGAGGUUCAAAGAUUUGUUAAACCGCUGCUCAAGUUAGACUUUGUUCAAAUAUUUGGCCCUAAAUGUUUCACCUAACUCUCAAACUUUGUCAUUGUAGGUUUUUAUCAACAACAGGUUUGUGGACUCUGUCAGUGGCAAGACAUUUCCAACAAUUAACCCUGCCACAGGAGAGAAAAUAUGUGAAGUUGCUGAAGGUGACAAGGUGUGUUAA